UCGGGUGUUUGUAGGUUAACUUCCGGUUUAAGCGCUUCAGUGGUGGCGUCGUCGUCGUCACCCUAAAUAAAUUAUUAUUUAUUGAAAUAAACAAAUAACGACGACUGUUACAGUUCAGAAAUGGAUAUACUUAAAGCUGAAAUCGCAAGGAAGAGGAAAAUCCUCGAAGAAAAACAGCUUGUUGACGACUCGAAGAAAUUCUUCAAAAGGGCUGAUCUUGCACGCAAGGAACAAGAAGAUUACUUCAGAAGAUCUGGCUAUAAGAUUGAUAAGACAGAGGAAGAUGAGCCAUCCACCUCAGCUAAUCCAGUGUUAGAACUUGAACUAACAGAAGAGAAGCUGCCAAUGACACUGUCACGGCAGGAGGUAAUUCGACGGCUUAGAGAGCGAGGGGAACCAAUCCGAUUGUUUGGAGAGUCUGACUAUGAUGCCUUCCAGAGACUCAGGAAGAUUGAAAUUCUGACCCCAGAAGUAAACAAGGGCUUGAGGAACGACCUGAAAGCAGCCAUGGACAAGAUCGACCAGCAGUACCUGAAUGAGAUUGUUGGAGGAACAGACUCAGGAGAAGUGGACACACAGCACGACCUGAAAGUGCAUGAAGAAAACACCACUAUAGAAGAACUGGAGGCUCUUGGUAAAACCCUGGGCACAGGAGAUGAUGAUGGAGACCAGGAUGUUAUUGACAAGUUUUUGAGGUUUCUUCUUGGUGUUUGGGCCAAGGAUUUGAACAGCCGAGAGGACCACGUGAAGCGCGGUGUUCAGGGCAAGCUGGCCAGUGCAACACACUCACAGACUGAGUCUUACCUGAAACCCCUCUUCAGGAAGCUCAGGAAGAAGAGCUUACCAGCUGACAUCAAAGAGUCAAUCACAGACAUUAUUAAAUUCAUGUUGGAGAGAGAAUAUGUCAAGGCAAAUGAUGCCUAUCUGCAGAUGGCCAUUGGAAAUGCUCCUUGGCCCAUCGGUGUGACCAUGGUGGGUAUCCAUGCCCGUACUGGGCGAGAAAAGAUUUUCUCCAAACAUGUGGCGCAUGUGCUCAACGAUGAGACGCAAAGAAAAUACAUUCAGGGACUGAAGAGGCUAAUGACUAUCUGCCAGAAACACUUCUCAACGGAUCCAUCAAAGUGUGUGGAGUACAAUGCUCUGUAACUUGUAAUUUUACUGUAACGUAUGUCAGGUCUAUCUUAUCACUAUCCAAAAUGGGAAUUUUUCACGGCAGCUCUGUCAUGGGUUCUGGCCUGACUGAGGUGUGGUUGUGGCAGAAAUUUCUCAAAAUCUUGUAAACCAGAGGCCUUCAAGUACUUAAGCAUUUCACAGGGAAAAUGCAUAAUUGUAACAGAAUUGGCGUAAGAUUUAUGCUAGUUUAUAAAUCUAAUGAAAAUAUCUCAGAUUUAGCUGGAGAACACUCAACAGCCCUUGCGUCUUAAUAGACUUGUCCUUGUGAAUUACUGGGAAAGCCAGUGCACCUGUCAUGCCAUUAAUAGUCACAAGUCUUCAGUCCUUCUGAGAACAUGUAUGUUUAUGGAUGCUCUGAAGAGUCAAAACCAUUUCUGAAGGAAUAUUAAAAAGUAAAAGGGUUUAAUUUUAUUUACUGCUUUUGUUCUAGGCUGUAAAAAUAUAUUCAUUUUAAUAUUGGCUCACCUAAGUUUUUCAAAGAUUUAUUUUCAUGAUGUGGCAAGCAAAGUGUCAUUUGCCAAGAAGAUCCAGUAGUGUAAGUUUUAUUACGCCUGAGAUAUUACAGUUCUUAACACUUUACUGGCAUGCUAUAACCUCUACAGUCAUUUUUCUGUGCAUGUUUGAGUUGUAAUGUUUUCAGCAGAUAAUGAAACCAAUCAGUGUGUCUCCGUACAAUCUCAGUGAGAAAAUAAAGUGUUGUUUUAUAAUAA